AUGGGUGAGAUGGACUCUUUACUAUGCAGAGGCUCGGGUCAGAGUGGAGAGAGUCGUGCGACGUAUGAUCCGUACUACUAUGAUCGUCAUGGUCUGAGACAUCAUGGGCACCAUCAUUACUAUUAUCCUGGCUGGCAUUACGAUUACCACCAUCAUGGUCAUAAUGGAUGUAGACGUUCGUGGAUGAGCCGCGAGAAUGCCAGAUGUCACGAAUUCGGAUGUUGCGAUGUUGAUGAUUAA